UGGCAGGUGGAGGAGAUCCGGGGCUGCAUCGAGAAGCUGUCGGAGGACGUGGAGCAGGUGAAGAAGCAGCACAGCGCCAUCCUGGCCGCCCCCAACCCCGACGAAAAGACGAAGCAGGAGCUGGAGGACCUCACGGCCGACAUCAAGAAGACGGCCAACAAAGUGCGCUCCAAGUUGAAAGGUGACCUCGCUGUGGCCAUCUUGGGGAGGUCAUCUUGUGGGGAAGCGAUCCGGAAAACGCAGCACUCGACGCUGUCCCGCAAGUUCGUGGAGGUGAUGACGGAGUACAACGCCACCCAGUCCAAGUACCGCGACCGGUGCAAGGACAGGAUCCAGAGGCAGCUGGAGAUCACCGGCCGGACCACCACCAACGAAGAGCUGGAGGACAUGCUGGAGAGCGGGAAGUUGGCCAUCUUCACGGAUGACAUCAAAAUGGACUCGCAGAUGACCAAACAGGCCCUGAACGAGAUCGAGACGCGACACAACGAGAUCAUCAAGCUGGAAACGAGCAUCCGGGAGCUGCACGACAUGUUCGUGGACAUGGCGAUGCUGGUGGAGAGCCAGGGCGAGAUGAUC